AAACUUGCACAUAUGCCAACCGCUACAACAAUCUUACAACCUGAUCAGAAAACUCGUGUGUCAGACAUAUAUUUUUGCAUUGUGUCGUAUUUGACACAAUCCAUCAACUGUUACAUUAGUAGUAUAAAUACUGCUGCUCUCUAGACAUUUGUCGAACUAGCAUUUGAAAGAGCUUGAUAUCCAUUAUAUACAAUUAACAAUGGUAGCCGGCAAAGAGGAGAACCUCCCAAGAACAUCCAUUACAGGCGGCGCCAGUGCAUUCCCCACGCCAGCCAACAACACUGAUGGCGGCAAGGGGCGGGGGGACAAGGGCUCCGUGAAAGGCGGUGGAAAAGCUGUGUCGAGUAACGGUCACGGCCUCGGGCAUACACCAGCACCCAACCCAGCAGCGUCGUUUGGUAACUACCUGGGUCUGUCCGAGCAAAAGGAGGCAGCGAGAAAUAAUGAUGCUCGGAGAGUGGCCGAAUCGGCGGCCGCCACGGAUCCGACGACUGCAUCAGGAGGUGAGACAUGUGAAACGGAGGACCAUAGUUUUAUGAGGCAUAAACCGGGGUGUCCAGAAACCUUGCCGGGCAUGUCGUAUGUCAAGGGAGUCCUGGGACGGGCCACCAAGUACGAUCGUGGAGAAUGAGCGUAACAUUGAGCUUCUGAUGAGAAAGGAAAGAAAUGGUUGAGAAAUGGGCACGCUCCU